CUCUCUCUCUCUCUCUCUGCGUGUGUGUUGCCGCUCCUGCUGCUGUUGAACUGCAUCUCUCUGUGGUACUUGGAGAGCCAAACCAUCUCUCAUUGCAAACACCAAUGAAUCACUCCAUCACCUGAAGAAGAGCAAAGAGAAUCCACAGAGCAGUAAAAGCAGCUGCAGAAGAAUAAGAAGCAGAGGCUGAGCUAUCAGGAAAGAAGACAGCUCACAGCUGAGCAAGAUCUGUCUCACCCCCAUUCUCCCACCCCUCUAAACAGAGAUUUCCCAACUGUCUCUGGGUUUUCAUAGCUGUUCCGUUGAUGUGUGUAAGGCAUGUUUUUAAAAUAUCACUGAAACAGAGAGAGAGAGACAGGAGCCAGCAACAGCUUUUCCUGCUGCAGCUGCAGUAGCCGGUGCAGCAGAAUGAGGGUGUGAAAGAGGGCAAAGUGGCUUCUCGCUUACACCUCUCCUCCUCUUCCUUCAUUAAUCGUUUCCAGAAGGGACACUGAGGAAAGCAGGUAUACUACCAACUAAACAAGCUCUGCCCUGGAUUUAUCACUGUUGGCGCCUCCCUCGAGGAAGAUGGUCAACAAAGACAUGAAUGGAUUCCCAGUAAAGAAGUGUUCUGCUUUCCAGUUUUUUAAGAAGAGGGUACGGAGAUGGAUCAAGAGCCCAAUGGUGAACAUGGAAAAACAUCAGACAAGUAGCCUCAAAUAUCCGGGGCCCACUGUGAUGCAUAUACCUCAAGGAGAGCCUGACAUUGAAGCGCCUUUGUGCCAGAUGUGCUUCAGUGACCACACUUUUCAGAGAGGAAUUGUCCCACAGGACACAGAGUCGUGUUCCUGGGAAGGCCACAGAAGCUGCAAUAUGAAAGAACUCUACAAUAAAGAAGAUCUGUUGGCACAACCUGACCAGAGGACUUUCUGGACCAAUGAUGAUUCAGCUUUCAUGAAGCAGAGGAGGAUGGGGCUGAAUGACUUCAUCCAGAAAAUCGCCACCAAUUCCUAUGCGUGCAAACACCCUGAAGUUCAAUCUAUUUUGAAGAUCUCCCAGCCUCAAGAGCCUGAACUUAUGAAUGCCAAUCCGUCACCUCCCCCCAGUCCAUCCCAGCAAAUCAACCUUGGACCCUCAUCCAACCCACAUGCUAAACCAUCUGAUUUCCAUUUCCUGAAGGUUAUUGGAAAAGGCAGUUUUGGGAAGGUUCUUCUUGCAAGGCACAAGGCAGAAGAACAGUUCUAUGCAGUUAAAGUCCUCCAGAAGAAAGCAAUCCUGAAAAAGAAAGAGGAGAAACACAUCAUGUCAGAACGCAAUGUCCUGCUGAAGAAUGUCAAGCAUCCUUUCUUGGUUGGGCUCCACUUCUCUUUCCAGACUGCUGACAAACUGUACUUUGUUCUAGACUACAUCAACGGGGGUGAGUUGUUCUACCAUCUCCAAAGGGAGCGUUGUUUCCUGGAACCAAGAGCUCGUUUUUAUGCUGCUGAAAUAGGCAGUGCACUGGGCUACCUGCACUCUCUGAACAUUGUUUAUCGAGACUUGAAGCCGGAGAAUAUUUUGCUUGAUUCUCAGGGCCACAUUGUUUUGACAGACUUUGGACUCUGCAAAGAGAACAUAGAGCACAAUGGCACAACUUCCACAUUUUGUGGCACUCCUGAGUACCUUGCCCCUGAAGUCCUUCAUAAGCAACCCUAUGACCGAACUGUGGACUGGUGGUGCCUUGGAGCAGUCCUGUAUGAAAUGCUUUAUGGACUGCCCCCCUUCUACAGUAGAAACACAGCAGAAAUGUAUGACAACAUUCUGAACAAACCUCUACAGCUGAAGCCAAAUAUCACUAACUCCGCUAGACAUCUUUUGGAAGGUCUUUUGCAGAAGGACAGGACCAAGAGGCUAGGAGCCAAGGAGGACUUUAUGGAGAUUAAGAAUCACAUCUUCUUCUCUCCAAUUAACUGGGAUGAUCUCAUUAAUAAGAAGAUUACACCCCCCUUUAACCCAAAUGUGAGUGGCCCCAGUGACCUACGGCACUUUGAUCCUGAAUUUACAGAGGAGCCGGUCCCAAACUCCAUUGGCCAGGCUUCUGACAGUAUCCUCAUCACUGCCAGCGUCAAGGAGGCUGCUGAAGCUUUUCUGGGCUUCUCCUAUGCUCCUCCCAUGGAUUCUUUCCUGUGAAUUUCUACAAAUGACUUCAUUCUUCCAUCCUUUUGUUCUCCUUUUUUUAAAAACAAUGACCUUUUCGUUGGCCUUCUGGUUGAGCUGCCAGUGGUCUGGUCACCUUGAAAGAUAAAAUUUUGCACAUCUUCCCACUGUGUGUGGCAGCUUUGCAGCCUUAAUUUCAACUACUGCUGUGUUUGCUGGAAGACUUGUGUUAGUCUUUUUUGUUGCUAUGGUUUGUUUGAGGAGCACAUAAGACUCUUUUCAAAUGAACAUGCAAACAUUGUACUUCCAGCUCUUCCCACUCUCCAAAGUGGUGCUAUAUCUUCUUUUGAAGUUUUAUUUUUAAGAUGAAGAAGAAGGAAAAACUGACUGCUGCCAUAGACUGCUGUAGCGUCUAAGCAUAUGAACAAGAUGCUGUGUGUAUUCUUAUUACUGUUAUCUGGAGAGGAUGUUCUGAGAAGUCUAGCUUGAAGAUCGUGCUGGAUGUGAUGAGGAUUUUAUGAAAAUGUGCCUUUUUUCCCAAUGAGAUCUUGGAAGCUCCAAAGCUUUUCCUGUCACAAGAGCGUUUUCUUGAUUCACGAGUGUGUGUGUGGAUGGGUUUGCUAUGUAGAGACAAUGGUAUGAAUGUAGUAUACAUAUGUGCAAGUGGACUCCACAGUUCAGAAGCAUCAGUGUGCUACUUGCAGGACAUUACAAUGUGGGGCAUUGUUUGUUCCUUCCAUAUUUGGAAGACAAUAAAUUAAUAAUUGUAUAUAAUGUUUUUAAUAUGUAAAAUAAAAACACAACCCUAUAUAGUGAACAUCUAAAAUAUCAAAAGGGGCUUCAAUGACUUGCAUCCCAAAUGCUUGAAGUAAGCAUUGCUGCUAUGGAAAUAACUAUAUAUAAUAUAUAUAAAUAUUUCUAUUUUUAGAAAGGGUUUCUAUGGACCAAAAUGCCCCAACUGCAGUCUUGUCAAAGCUGUUGGUAAAAUAAUUAUUUUUGUUCAUCAUCUGUACAACUGGGCAUUAUUUAUGGUUUGUAAAAAAAAAGUUUGCAUUCCUGGUUGUAUGUAUUUGUAAAAAAGACUUGUACAGCUGGUUGCAAUGCUAUAUGUAUAUUUAAAAGGAAAAAAACUUUAAAGGAUUAUAAUGUAUACCACCAUUUUAAUGUACUUUAUGUGAUUAUAAUAUGUAUCAUUUUUUGUGACCAAACCUAUCGGUUUGCAAUAAAAUCUUGGAAAAUA